AGUCAAGAGCCCCGGGAAGGUGAUUCGCUUUGUCAUUUUUUGAUGGAAAAGGUACUUCGCUUUCGCUUUCCCUAACCUUCUUUUGUAAGAAUUUUGUUCUACGCUUCUUAGAAUUGAUACAGUUGGUGCUGAGAGAGAAUGGGGCUGCUCUCCAACAGGAUCGACAGAGGCAGCUUAAAACCAGGCGAUCACAUCUAUUCAUGGAGGUCUUAUGUUUACGCCCAUCACGGCAUCUAUGUUGGAAAUGAUAAGGUAAUCCAUUUCACCAGAGGACAAGGUCAAGAAGUCGGGACUGGAACUGUGCUGGAUGCGCUUCUAUUAAGCUCCUUACCAGCCCGAUAUCAGCUCUGCUCCACCUGCUUCACUUGCCCACAACUAGCAGAAGGUGAUGGAGUCGUCUCUUCCUGUCUAGAUUGUUUUCUCGCUGGUGGGGUCCUGUACCGUUUCGAGUAUGGUGUCAAUCCUGUUCUCUUUCUAGCAAAAGCACGGGGUGGAACAUGCACCACUGCUGUCUCAGACCCAGAUGAUAUUGUAGUCGACCGAGCAACCUACCUGCUUAACAAUGGCUUUCGGAGUUAUAAUGUUUUCGAGAGCAACUGUGAAGAUUUUGCAAUUUACUGUAAGACCAGUCUGCUUGUUGUUGAACAAGGAGCAAUUGGCCAUAGUGGUCAAGCAACAUCAAUAAUAGGUGGGUCCGUCUCUGCCAUCUUGGCAACACCAUUGUGCCUUCUUACCACCAAUGUGUAUGGGAUAGUAGCAACAGGGAUCGGGCUCUACUGUCGAAUCCGGUAUGCUACAGAUAUUGGCAUGAGGAAGGAAGUGGAGAAGGUAGCAGUGGAAGAUCUCAGUAAGUUUCUACCAAGAAAAUAAGAUCUCAGCAAGUGAGACUUGAUUUUCAUGAACAAUGUAUGUGAUACUGGGCUUGUUCCAUGGGUGGUCUUUGAUCAAUAAAUUGUUGGAAGCUGUGGUUCCCAACA